AUGAGGAGAGCAGUCGGUUUCCCGGCGCUGUGCCUGCUUCUUAAUCUUCACGCUGCAGGAUGUUCUUCAGGAAAUAAUGAUCACUUCUUGGCUAUUCGUCAAAAGAAGAGUUGGAAGCCGGUGUUCAUUUAUCGCCAUUCACAAGAUAUUGAGAAGAGCCUGGAUAUAGCUCAAGAGGCAUAUAAACAUAGCUACCAUUCCCCUUCUGAAGUUCAAAUAAGCAAACGUCACCAAAUUGUCAACUCAGCAUUUCCUAGACCUGCAUAUGACCCGUCUCUUAAUCUGUUGGCUGCGUCUGGUCAAGAUCUUGAAAUAGAAAAUCUCCCAAUUCCGGCAGCAAAUGUAAUUGUGAUGACGCUGCAAAUGGAUAUAACCAAGCUGAACAUAACCUUGCUUCGGAUCUUCCGCCAAGGAGUAGCGGCAGCGUUUGGGCUCUUACCCCAGCAAGUGCACAUCAACCGUCUCAUUGAAAAGAAGCGCCAAAUCGAGUUGUUUGUAUCUCCUGUGAACCGGAAACCGGGAGAGCCGCAAGCUCUGCAGGCUGAGGAAGUGCUGCGUUCUCUUAACGUCGAUGUUUUGCAGCAGAGUUUACGGCAGUUUGGAAUUACAGACAUCUCCCCUGAGAAAAAUGUUUUACAAGGGCAGCACGAAGCGGACAAAAUCUGGAGCAAGGAAGGAUUUUACGCUGUUAUCAUUUUUCUCAGCAUCUUUGUUAUUAUAGUAACCUGUCUGAUGAUUAUUUAUAGGUUAAAAGAAAGGUUUCAGCUUUCCUUAAGACAAGACAAAGAGAAAAACCAGGAGAUCCACCUAUCACCAAUUGUGUUACAGCCAGCACAGUCGGAGGCCAAGACAGCCCACAGCAUGGUCCAGCCCGAGCAGGCGCCAAAGGUGCUGAAUGUUGUCGUGGACCCUCAAGGUCAAUGCACUCCUGAGAUUAGAACCGCCACCUCCACCUCUGUCUGCCCUUCUCCCUUCAAAAUGAAACCCAUAGGACUUCAGGAGAGACGAGGGUCCAAUGUAUCCCUUACCUUGGACAUGAGUAGCCUGGGGAACGUGGAACCCUUUGUGGCUGUGCCAACCCCCCGGGAGAAGAUAGCCAUGGAGUACCUGCAGUCAGCAAGCCGUGUUCUCACCAGGCCACAGCUGAGGGACGUUGUGGCCACUUCCCACUUACUUCAGAGUGAGUUCAUGGAAAUACCAAUGAACUUUGUGGAUCCCAAAGAAAUUGAUAUUCCACGUCAUGGAACAAAAAAUCGCUAUAAGACCAUUUUGCCAAAUCCCCUCAGCAGAGUGUGUUUAAGACCAAAAAAUGUAACCGAUGCGUUGAGUACUUACAUUAAUGCUAAUUAUAUUCGGGGCUACAGUGGCAAGGAGAAAGCCUUCAUUGCCACGCAGGGCCCCAUGAUCAACACUGUGAACGACUUCUGGCAGAUGGUUUGGCAGGAAGACAGCCCUGUGAUUGUUAUGAUCACAAAACUCAAGGAGAAAAAUGAGAAAUGUGUGCUCUACUGGCCAGAAAAGAGGGGGAUUUAUGGCAAGGUUGAGGUUCUGGUCAUCAGUGUGAAUGAAUGCGACAGUUACACCAUCCGAAACCUCGUCUUAAAGCAAGGAAGUCACACCCAGCAUGUGAAGCAUUACUGGUACACUUCAUGGCCUGAUCACAAAACCCCAGACAGUGCCCAGCCCCUUCUCCAGCUCAUGCUGGACGUAGAAGAAGACAGACUUGCCUCUGAGGGUCGAGGGCCUGUCGUUGUGCACUGCAGUGCAGGGAUUGGGAGGACGGGAUGUUUCAUCGCCACAUCCAUUGGCUGUCAGCAGCUGAAAGAAGAGGGAGUCGUGGAUGCCCUGAGUAUUGUCUGCCAGCUUCGCGUAGACAGGGGUGGCAUGGUCCAAACCAGUGAGCAGUAUGAAUUUGUGCACCACGCCCUAUGCCUCUACGAGAGCAGACUUCCACCAGAAACUGUCCAGUGAUUCCGUGAAGAUUCACCAAAGUGUCAAUCUCUCACGGGUGAUUAAUGAAAUCACCUGCUUAAGGCUCCUUGAAGGAGCCCCCUGCAGCGGGCGAGGAGACUCUAAAACCAACCUGAGGCGUGGACUGUGGAAGACCUGGCAAC